GGGGUGGGGGAAGGUUUAGGGGUGGAUCCGGUUUCCGGUCGAUGUGUCCGUCCGUGCGGAAGGGUCCGGGUUGGAUUUUUUUUUCCCACCCCCUGCUCCGCUGAUGGCGGCGCCGCCUCCUCCUGCUGCUGCGGGCCUGUUCAGGGAUUGCUGGGGCUGCCGCCUGGUGUGCGGGGUUGGCCUGCUCGGGGCCGGAGGUUACGUAUUCGCCUCGGCCCGGAGUGUGCUGCGGAAAACGGCGUGUGCCCCCGGCGUGGGGACGGUGGCUCAGAUGGUCUUCGCCCUGAGUUUGGCUUCCUGGGGUGUGGUCGUCUUAGUGAACCCAGACCAGAAAUCGCAGUUAAAGUAGUCGAGACUGGACAAGAUCUGCACCAUGAACGCUCCUAAGGAGAGAGUGAAAACUAACUGUGAUGUCUGAAUAUCAUCAGCAGUUGUGACAAGAGAGAAUUCAAAUCAUGAUCUGCCCCUGAGAGAAUCCGAGUAGCAUUUUUCACAACAUGGAAAGAACUAAUUUCUUUAACCAGUUUCUCAACAUGUCUUGAGAACAUGGAAGAAAUCACUUUAGUGUUGAAGUGGCAUGAAUUUCUGUGUGUGUGGGUGUGUGUGUGUGUGCACAUAAUCAAUCUUUCUGUGUGACUCUAAUCGAAUAUACAUCAUUGUAACCCACUGAAUUAAAGUCACAGUAACUCUG